AUGGAGAAGUCAGCCAUCAGCGCAAUCGGACAAUCUCUUCUACGCCCCUUUCAGCUUCUCGUCUUCGAGCCAAUGUGUCUCAACCUGUGCAUCUUUACAGCCAUACUCCUCGGCAUUCUUUACCUCUUCUUCGGAACCUUCCCACUUGUUUUUGACAAGGUUUACGACUUUAACCUCUGGCAAGUCGGCCUAUCCUUUCUGGGCAUCCUUGUGGGCAUGAUGGGCGCCGUAGGACUCGACCCUGUGUGGCACCGCAUCAGGAGUAAUCUCAUCCGCAAGGUAAGUACAGAAACAGGUGUUCAGGGCAGCAGCCAGCCCGAGUUCAGACUCCCACGGGCGAUCUUGGGGGCUCUCAUUGUGCCCGCUGGUAUCUUCAUGUUUGGUUGGUCUUGCUACCCAUGGAUACACUGGAUUGUGCCCAUUAACGUAUUGGAUCAGCCAUAUUUGGAGCUGGGUAAGUUAAGCCAUAUCAUCAUUCCAUCACUCUAUAAAACCGAACAAUUGGCAGGCCUCAAGUAG